AUGGGCCAUGGGCAGAGAGUAUCUGGCAGAGGAACUGGACAGACUGACGUGAUACAGCUUGCUCUUAUUUAUGCUGCUCAUCAUCGUGAGGACAGAGAUGCUCCUGAUGUCAUCACUAGGUUAUUGGUUGAGAGCAUUACGACUGAGGUCACCGUGCUGAGUCCAUUGGGCAAUCUAUUUAGUCUGGAUUGUGUGACUAAGAGGGUCAUCUUGAGAACUGAGGAUAUCUGCAUUGUGUCAGUCUGGAUUGUGCGAAAUAAUGAGGUAGUCAAGAUUGGAGAAUGCCAGAAUUAUUUGGCUAGUGUGAUAUCUGCACUAGUAGCUGAGAAACUAGUUUACAAGGGAUGUGAGGUGUACUUGGCCUACGUAAGUGUUUCCACUUCUGGGGACUCUACUGUAAAGGAUAUCUACACUGUAAGAGAUUUUUCAGACGUCUUCUCUGAGGAGCUACCAGGUUUACCUUUGAAUCGAAAAGUUGAGUUUGGGAUUAAGCUUUUACCUGGUACAACUCUGAUGUCUAUCGCUCCCUAUCGAAUGGCACUGAAAGAGCUUACGGAGCUUAAGGCUCAGAUUUAG